GAGGUUGAGUCGCUUCAUACUGUCUCGCGUUAUUCCGCGAGACUGGGGGAUGCCGGUUUGGCGGCGCCCAGUGUAACAAGUUAACGGAACCUGAAAUUUGUUAAUCAACGAGCCGAAAUGAGCUUCAUAUUUUUUAUUUAAUAUUUUGUCAUUUUUGUAUCCCGCGCUUUAGCCCCACGUAAACUUGGCCGGUACUUGUUUUGAUGAGCGGCCAAUGGGCUGAUGUUUGAGGAGCCGGUCUCCCUCCAGCGUCUGCUUUAAGUGGCAUCAAAUUGCUGAAGGAAAGUAACCGGAGUGGGAAUUAUCUGCUUUUUUCCCCAGCUUGUCUGAGCACCGUCCGGCUGUUAAAGGUACCGGCCUGGUGGGGCCGUCAUGCGGCUCCCGGCGGGCUCCUCCGGGCCCUCUGUGUCCGGGGAAGUGCACUGCCAGCCCGGGCCGGAAGACCCGCCGGCGGCCGGCUCCGGAGGUGGACAAACCGAGCCCCCCCCAUCAGCAUCCCUCCGGCAGCCGGGGCCCGAGCCCCCGGAGGGUCCGGGCGGCGUGGGGGGAGGCCCGGAGCAGGAGCAGAGGCUCAAAGUGCUGUUCCAGGUGCUGGACGUGAACGGGGACGGGGGCAUCUGCGUCAACGACCUGGCCAUCGGGCUGAAGAAGCUGGGGGUCAACCGCUCCCAGCACGAGCUGAUGAAAAUAGUCAAAGCAGGGGACAAAGACCUGGACGGGCAGCUGGACUUUGAGGAGUUUGUUCACUAUCUCAGUGACCAUGAGAAGAAGCUCCGGCUAGUCUUCAAGAGUUUGGACAGAAAGAACGAUGGUCGGAUAGACUCACAGGAGAUCAUGCAGUCUCUGCGUGACCUGGGGGUGAACAUCUCUGAGGAACAGGCUGAGAAGAUCCUAAGAAGUAUGGAUACAAAUGGAACGAUGACCAUUGACUGGAAUGAGUGGAGAGAUUACCACCUCCUGCAUCCUGCAGACAACAUUCCUGAAAUUAUCCUCCACUGGAAGCACUCAACGAUCUUGGAUGUUGGUGAGAGUAUGAUCGUGCCUGAUGAGUUUACAGCGGAGGAGAAAAAAACAGGCAUGUGGUGGCGGCAUUUAGUGGCCGGGGGAGGGGCGGGGGCCGCCUCCCGGACCUGCACGGCCCCCCUGGACAGACUCAAAGUGCUGAUGCAGGUCCACGCCUCCAGGAGCAACAGCAUGCACAUCACCAGUGGUUUUUCCCACAUGAUCCGAGAGGGGGGGAUCCGCUCACUCUGGAGAGGGAAUGGUAUCAACGUCAUCAAGAUUGCUCCAGAGUCGGCUAUCAAGUUCAUGGCCUACGAACAGAUUAAACGAUUGAUUGGAAGCAACCAAGAGACCUUUGGCAUCGCAGAGAGGUUGGUGGCGGGUUCGCUGGCCGGAGCAAUAGCCCAGAGCAGCAUCUACCCCAUGGAGGUGCUGAAGACCCGGUUAGCUCUGAGGAGGACCGGCCAGUACUCUGGGAUCCUGGAUUGUGCCAAACAUAUCUUCCAGAAGGAGGGUGUGGGUGCUUUCUACAAGGGCUACAUUCCCAACCUGAUCGGCAUCAUUCCCUACGCUGGGAUUGACUUGGCUGUCUAUGAGACCCUGAAGAACUGGUGGCUGCAGCGCUUCGCCACGGCCAGUGCUGACCCGGGGGUGCUGGUGCUGCUGGCCUGUGGCACCACCUCCUGCACAUGUGGGCAGCUGGCCAGCUAUCCGCUCGCUCUGGUCCGGACCCGAAUGCAGGCUCAAGCCACUGUGGAAAAAGGACCUCAGAUGACCAUGACGGGCCUUUUCAGACACAUAGUGAGGACUGAGGGAGCAAUGGGACUGUACAGAGGCCUGGCCCCCAACUUCAUGAAGGUCAUCCCGUCGGUCAGCAUCAGCUAUGUGGUGUACGAGUACCUGAAGAUCUCUCUGGGAGUACGUUCAAAGUGAGCCGGACAACCACCAUGCCCAACAGGCUUUAGUUUUAUUCCGCUUUAUUUCUCAUCAUGUGGAGUUGUAAGAAGUGAGCAACUGAAAGGAAAAGUUUUCGAGGAAAUAAUCAGUUGCUAGGCAGGAAACGAUGUCCAGAAAAUGACGAAACGGUGACUGGAGCCAGGUGCUGUGGUUGGCUGGACCACCCGGCAGAAAUCUGCCUCUGGUGAGCCUUCAGAUGUUUACAGGAAGCUGAAGGACACAUAGCUGUCCACUGGAAGGGCUAGCAUACAUUACGCUACCUGCUACUUAUCAUUCAGAUUGCACUAAAUAGACGAAAUCCAACAUCUGGAAGAACAAUGCAUGUGCAUACAGUGUGCGUGGACUAAGAAGAUGAUGCAAAUAUUAUAUUGGAUAUUAUCUCGUAACUUCUGCCAACAUCUUUGUUGACAAAGCAUCAUCUGCUUUGCUACUUAGCAGGUUUCACUCCCUCCUGCAGCCAGCGUGACCAUAGGCUGUUCCACAGAAGAGAUCAAACCUUAUUAUGGAACACUGAACUCCUCUUUAUGUGGGGAAAUGUUUUAAAUUAUUUCCAUUAUUGUGAAUUUCAUUUUUAAAAAUAUUCUUUUAUUUAUUUAGUCUUCUCUCUAUACUCCGGUGGGUCGUCCACAUUAUUUAUACUUUUUUUAAUGACUUAAGGAGCAUUUCUUUUCUCAUGUCAUGAUGCUUUCUCUCCCAUUCGACACCUCUGGUGUGUUUUGCUGUUAGCAUUGUUGAAAUGUGAAAUGGAGCCGCUGAUCACACUCUGAGCGUUGUGAAUCUUUGGUUGUGUUGAGUUUUGAAAUAGGCAAAAAAAUUAAAAUGAUUUUCUUCCCCCUUGAGA